AGGAAGUUAAAAAUAUAUCCAGAAAAACCAAAUUACUUUUGUUGUAAACUUAUAAAUUUUUUUGUUUUUCUUUCAAAUACUGAACAUCUAGUGACUUCAUGAUCUUAAAUCUGCAGCAGAUAUAAACAAAAAGAAUGUAUCAAGUACCAAAUUACACCCAGACUGUUUCAAUCAGAUUAUCAGAGGUUCUGGCUGAUAUAGGUGUUGAUGAGAGAAUGAUACUGAAGACGCGAAGAACAUGGCUUCUAAAGGAAUCACUACACAAUAUAAAUUAUCAACUACUUGAUAAGGAUAGUACUUUAAAAUAUAUUUUUGGGAGUCAAUCAGAAGGUACAACUACAUUAGAAAUGGAAUCAGACAUAGAUCAACUUGUGAACAUUAAAACAUUUACUGUGAUACAAGACUGGAAUGACUGGACACCUGGUGUACAUAAUCUCUUGAUGAUUGAAGAUAAUUCUGUAUCUCCUGGGUAUUGUUUACUUCAAUGUCCGGUAAAUGAUGUUCCUCUUUCUGCUGAUGGUGAUUCUGACCAAUUCUUCUUCCAAGACAGAACAGGAAAAUUGUUUGUAAAGAAUUCUUUAGUAUAUAUGUUUUAUAACGACAGUGAAAUACAUGGGCCAGCAGGUACAUAUCAAGGACAACCAGGCUACAAAGAUUUAGAUAAAGUGUUUGCUCUACAUUGUACAAAAUGGCCGCAACAAGCUAGACAAUGGUUGGAUCAAGAAGAUGAAGGUCAAUGGCCAUCUGCUGAAAUGAAACAAUAUUGCAGCAGAACUGGAUGCUUUGUUGUUUGCGUUGGAUGUAGAGGCAGUAAACAUGAGCAAAUUGAAUGGAGAAUAUCAACAUCUUUAGCAGAAAGGUGUUUAAUGUUCGACCUGGAUAUUACACAGAUUCGCUGUUAUGUCUUAAUGAAAAUGAUUUUAAAAACAUAUAUAACUCCAUUCUUAAAAGAUGUGAUAUCUAGCUACAUGUGUAAAACUGUAGUCUCCCACUGUAUUGCUAAUACACAUUCUAACAUUUGGAGAAAAGAUAACUUACUUUUUUGUCUAACACAGUGUUUAUAUCUCCUUUACACCAAUAUCAUUAAUGAAAAUUGUCCACAUUUUAUCAUACCUGGGAACAAUUUAAUGAGGGGAAAAAUUUCACCUGCAGUCAAACCAUAUAUCCUGGAAAUACUCAACAAUAUUAUCAACAGUGAAGGUGUGGCACUACUUAGGAUUAAAUGUGAUGCUCUUGGUUCCAGGCUUCAUCUCAAGUUUUAUAACUUAUGUGCAUUCAAGGAAAGUGAUAUUAUUUCAGCAACACUAUUAUUAAAUUUUGCUCUCACUAAAUCUGAAAUACUAGCAGAAACUGAUGAUUUUCUUAAGGACAGUAGUCCUAAUGAGGCUGUAGAAAAAUUAAAGAACUAUAUAUCAAAAGCACUCUACUGUCAAUAUGAAGGAUUGGAUAAGACAGCCAGUCUUCUUCUGUUACCAUGGUAUUGUACAACACUUGGAUCUGUCCUGGCUUCACGCAACAUCUGUCAGUACAACACUGUAUCAGCCGAUGCCCUCAAACUCAUCUCACUUGGUCUGAAUACAGAUGUUGCAUCAAGUAAACUUAAACUAGCUUCAAUCUUCUACUGUGUGCAAGAAAUAGAAAAAGCUGACCUAGUACUCGGUGAAAUUGAAAGUAGAUAUGAUCUACAAAUUGUUGCGUCUGUCUGUGGUUGUCAUCAUCAAUUUAGGAGAAAAAUAGUUAAACAAAGAUUUGGCCAAUUAUGUAACAAUUAUAGUGAAGAAGUCUUACAGUAUAUAACAGCAUCAUGUGUUAGAUUUCUGCCAUGUGAAAUUCACUGUGUACCAACUGAACUCAGAUAUGAAUUUUUUAGAUCUACUCAAGAGGACAGACUGUUUCGUACAAAAGAAGACAACAAAUGGAUGGAUUAUGCUGUAGUGGAUUCUCUCCCUUAUCUAUAUUUUCUACAAUACAAAGUUUACAGCCAUUUAGGAAGAUAUGAUCAGAAACAAGCCACGCUCUUAAAACUUAUCAGUACCAUAAAAGAAGAACCAAAUCUUGGACAUCGGGAAACAGCUCUAAAUAUUCUUGGAAAAUGCAUGGAACAAGAAGGUAGAGCUGGAGAUGCUUUAUACUGUUAUUCGAUGUCACUAAAUGUAAGGAGGAGAAACAAUGCCGCAAAGAUUCAUAUUUGUAUACUCCUAUCUGUACUGAUAAAUGCAAGGACAUGAAAGUUACGACAAAAAUGUGGAAAUGACAAAAGCAGGACAGUGAAAAAAAGUUGCAAUCACAAGCUAGACAGCAACAUUUAUACUAUUUAAAUAUUAUAUUCUUUUUGAAAUAGCAUAUUGCUUGUAAAUAAUACACUUUGGAAUGUGUAAUAAAAUUCAUCCAUCCCUGUGUGAAAGGAUAAAACAUCAGUGGAUGUAGGAGAGCUCAUUUGACUAUUCUCAGAGCUUUAUAAUAAAACAAAUAAAACAAAAGCCUGGAUAAUGUAGGAGUAAUCGGAAUCAUUCAAAAAAAUACAUUACAUAAUUUUGAGACAAAAGAAUCUUUUUUUAUGUUCACAAAGGGUAAUCCAUAAUUAAUUAAAAUACAGGCCUUAGAGGGUUAACUCCUAUUUUGAUUUCAAAUAAGUGUGUGUGUAAAAUAAGUAGCAAAUAUCUUUGGUGUUUGGUAUGAUGUUGAAAAAGUAACAAGUUAUAACUGUAAUCAAAGUGUUAUGCCAACUCCAGGGUGGGAAGAAUUAUGAACACCAUUCUUCUUUGAAUAUUCAUAUAGUAUAGACUUCAUGUGCAUGACUGCAAGAGAGAACCGAUGUGAUUUAAAGAACAUGCCAUACAAAAAAAGUUAUUUUACGGUCUUAAUGGUCAUAUAAAUACUGUAAUUUAAGCAAGAGGGCCAUGAUGGUCCUGACAAAGCUCACGUUAAUAUAGAAACUCUCCAUGACAAGGGACAAGUAAUAUUGUAAACUAUUAACUAAAGCAGAUAUAAAAUCUAAAUCUUAGACUGAUAUCAUAAACUUAAUAUUUGUAUCUGAAAUACUGCAUGUGUAAAAACAUUACUGGUUGCUAUUGCUAAAGUAAAACAACACUUCCAAAAGAUGUGUACAUAUAAGGAAAAUGUAUGACACCACUAGGACAAUUUUGAUUUUUUUUUAUUGUUUUUACAAUAUACAUGUACAUAAAAGGAAUAUCAAUAACCCACUUGGGCAGGGCCAAUUUUUGACCCCAGGGGUUUUUCAUUGGUAGACAUCCAUUAGAAGAUUUUAAUGCCAAAUAUCUUAGCUCUAGCUCUUUCAGUUUCGUUUAAAGAAGUUUUUUUAAUCUUUACUAUAUACAUAUAAGGAAAAUCAAUGACUGCCCGGGAUGGGGCCAAUUUUGACCACAGAGCUUUAAUUUGAAGAAACUGGUAGACACAUAUUAGAAGAUGUUUUAUUCUUAAUAUCUAAGCUCUAGCUAUUUGGUGUUUUUUUUAAAAGAUUUUUUUUCUAAAUACAUGUACAUAUAAGCAAAAUCAAUGACCCCUGGGGCAGCCCCAAUUUUGAGCCCGGGGCUUUUAUUUGAACAAACUUAGCCAGCCCGCAUAGCUCAAUCGGUUAGAGCGCGAGACUUGUAAUCUCGACAUUGUGGGUUCGAUUCCCGGGCUGGCCAACUAAAAUUACUAAUCAGUCUUUCGGAUGAGACUUUAAAUCGAGGUCCCGUGUAUGGGUGCUUAAACACUUGGCACGCUAAAGAACCAGGAGAAGCUUCUGGAAUUGGGGCAUCUUUCUGUAUCUAUAAUUGCACUAUCCUCCAAAAAAUAAAAUGACUAAUACUCUUCUGGAGGACUCGCCCAUAUGGGCAACCGGUGGCGAGUAUAAAUAAACGCAAAUACACACACUUGAACAAACUUGGUAGACACUAACUUAAAGAUAUUUCAUGCUUAAUAUCUAAGCUCUACAUGUAGCUAUUUGUAUUUUUAAGAAGAUGUUUUUUUAGUUUUACUAUAUUCAUAUAAGGAAAAACAAUGACCCCCUGGACAGGCCGAUUUUAACCCCAUGGUAUUUAUUUGAACACACUUGGUCGAUACCCGUUGAAAGAUGUUUCAUUCUAUAUAUCUAAGCUCUAGCUAUUUGGUGUAUUUUUUAAAGAUUUUUUUUCUAUAUACAUGUACAUAUAAGCAAUAUCAACGACCCCCUGGGGCGGGGGCCAAUUAUGCACCCGGGGCUUUUAUUUGAACAAACUUAGAAAACACUCACUAGAAGAUAGGCCGCUAUUUGUUUUGUUUUAAAUGGUAUUUUUAGUUUUCCACUAUAUUCAUAUAAGGAAAGUCAAUGACCCCCAGGACAGGCCAAUUUUAACCCCAGGGCUUUUAUUUGAACAAACUUGCUAGACACCAAUUAGGAGACCUUUUAGGCUUAAUAUCUAAGCUCUAGCUCCUUGGGUUUAUAAAGCAGAUUUUUUAAUGUUUUUACAACAUACAUAUAAGGAAAAUCAACGAGACCCCGGGGCAGAGCCAAUUUUGACCCCAGGGCUUUCAUUUGAACAAUGCUGAUAGACCCUCACUAGCAGAUGUUUCAUGCUUAAUAUCCAAGCUGUAGCUGCUUUGUUUUGUUUUGCUUUUUCAAAAGAAGAUUUUCUUAGUUUUUUCUAUAUACAUAUAGGGAAAAAUCAAUGGCCUUUAUUUUACCUAUAAUAAUGUCAACAGCGAUCCCUAACAGUCAGACAUACUUAUUUACAGUUUAUUGUAGAGAUAU